CACAACUUAAAUUGAAGGUCUCCCCACAAUAACAUUCCCUGCAAGUCCGAUUAUCGCCAAUUGAUUUUUUCAAACUUAGAUGGCUAAAGACAAACAUCGGAAGAAGUUCUCUGAUGAGCCAAAAGUUCCUGUGACAACCGACGAGCGAUUCAUCUCAGUCCAUAAUGACCCCCGCUUCGCCCUCCCCCGCCGCAAAGAUGCAAAACUCAAGAUCGACAAGCGCUUCGAGCGCAUGUACAAGGAUAGGUCGUUUGCGGAGAAAGCAAGCGUAGACAGAUAUGGUCGCAAUAUUGGAAAAGACGCAGGGAAGGAGGAAAUCAAACGGUACUACCACAUCUCCGACGAGGAAGAUGAGGAUGAAGAGCAAGCACGAGUAUACGACCCAGCAAGAGGCGAAGGUGUAAUUUCCACUUCGGAAGAAUCUAGUGAUGAGGAAGACGAAGAAGUCGGAGAGGCGGAAGAGGAAGCGGCAAGAGCUCAGGUGGAAUGUCAGAGGGAGAUCCCCAUGGGAGAGGUUAGCAAGAGGUUUGCGGCCGUGAAUUUAGACUGGGAUAAUGUUCAGGCAGUGGAUCUUUUAAAGACCUUCUCGAGCUUUGUUACCGGGGGUGGAAGGAUUGUUAGUGUUACAGUUUAUCCAAGUGAGUUUGGUAAAGAGCGAAUGGAAAGAGAGGAGAUGGAGGGGCCACCUACAGAGAUUUUCAAACCAAAGGGUAAAGCCAGGGUUAUUAGUAGUGAUGAUGAGGACAGCAAUUUAGACGAGGAGGUCGACGAGAAAACCAUUAUUAAAGAGGAUAAGGGAGAGGAGUUCGAUAGCAGCAAGUUGAGGAAUUACCAGUUGGAGAGAUUAAGGUAUUUCUAUGCAGUAGUAGAAUGCGAUUCCCUGGAGACUGCGAGAUACAUUUAUGAGCAGUGCGAUGGCGCAGAAUAUGAAGCUACUGCAAAUUUCUUUGACCUCCGAUUUAUCCCAGAUGAAACAUCUUUUGAAGACGAUAAGCCCCAAGACAGGUGUGUCGAAGUUCCGGCAAACUACAAGCCUGUUGAUUUUUCCACAGACGCACUCCAACAUUCUAAAGUCAAACUAACCUGGGAUGAAGACGAUCAACAGCGAAAACUUGCUACCAAGCGUGCUUUCUCCCAGAGGGAUUUAGAAGACAUGGACCUAAAGGACUAUCUAGCCUCCAGCGACAGCGAAUCUGAGUCUGGAGCUCGUGAGGCAGCAAAGGAUAAAUACCGAGCCCUGCUAUCCGCGACUGGUUUCGGAAAAAAGGACAAAGCCGAACUAGUAGGCGACAUGGAAGUGACGUUUACAUCAGGGCUAAGCGAAAAGGCCAAAGACCGAAAAGGCGACAAGCGCAAGGACCGAGAAGCAAAAUCUGCUGAAGCUGCCAAAAACGCAUCCAAACGCGCGGAACUAGAGCUUCUAAUGACGGGCGAAGACGUGGACACCGAUGGCAAGAAGCUCUACCACUUCGACAUGAAGCAGAUUGUCAAAGCUGAGAAAAAGAAGGGCAAGAAGGGCAGGCGUAGAAAGGCAGAGUUCGAGCCCGAGGGAAUACAAGACGGGUUCGAAAUCGAUGUUAAGGAUCCCAGAUUCGCGGCUGUUUAUGAGAAGCAUGAGUUUGCAAUUGAUCCAACAAAUCCAAGGUUUGUGAAGACAAAGGCUAUGAGUAAACUUUUAGAGGAGAGGAGGAAUAGGACGCAGAAGAGGAAUGAUGACAGGGAGGAGGGUGAGGGUGAGAGGAAGAGGCGGAAGGUGGACAAGGCGGAUAAGGGCGGAAAGGGUGAGGAUGAGCUCAAGAGGCUGGUGCAUUCUUUGAAAAGCAGGGCUAAAAAAUAA